ACAGUCUGCUACCAUAGAGCGUACAGACCCUGCCGAGCCAGUGAACAGUUGUGUCCCAGAAGCAGCCGCGGCAGUUGAGUGGCUCCAUUUGAGAAUGGUUAGCUCCAUUGGCCCGGCCACUGGCGUGGAGAAGCUCCAGGCGGAGCUAAAACGCAAGGCCGCUCAGCUGGAUGCCGCCGACAAUAAGAUCAAUCAGCUUACCACUGAGCUUAGCAGGGAGAAGGCGCAGAAGGCUGAGCUGUCUGCGACGCAGCGUCGCGAAAAGACUCAGGUGGCUGAGCUGACAGCACAGCUGGGCAAGGUCCAGGCUCUGCUGAAGCAGCGUGAUGCCGCGUUGAGCAACGCGACGGCGGCGCUGGAUGCGGCGCGCUCGCGGCCGGGCAGCGCCGUCGGCGUCGCCUCCAUCACGCCCAGGGGCCCCCUCAGCCGGCAGAACAGCGACGAGGAGGCGCUGGUGGCGGAGGUGAACCAGAAGUCGCAGCGCAUCAGGCAGCUGGAGUCGGAGGUGGCAGAGGCCAAGGCCUUGGCGGCGGCAACGCCACGGCACAUCAAGGCCGAGUGCGCGUCGUGGAGGGACCGCAGCGAGAGCCUGAUGGCGCAGGUCAAGGAGCUGCAGCGCGCGCAGCAGGCCAGCGACAUCGAGAAGGCGCAGCUGGCCGACCAAGCAGCGGAGCUGAGCGAGAAGUGCGGGAGCCUGGAGCAGCAGCUGCGUGCGGCGCGCGAGUCGCUGGUGGCGCUGCGGGCCGUGGCUGACCAGGGGCGCGGCGAGCUCAAGGGGGAGCUGCAGCGCCGGGACUCGGACCUGUCGCGCAUGAUGGCACAGCAGGAGGCGCAGGCGGCGCUGGUGGAUGAGCUCAAGGCGCAGGUGGAGAAGCAGGCGCAGGAGAGGGAGCACCUGCUGCUUCAGGCCCAGCAGCUGCAAGUGCAGCUGGCCAAGGCGGGCGAGGACGCCAAGCAGAGCAACCUGCACGUAUCGCAGCUGGUGUCGCAGCUGGACGAGAAGACGUUGGCGCUGGAGAUGGCCGAGGCAGAGGUGAAGAACGUGACAGGCUCCAGGUUCAGCCGGGAGGCGUUUGUGACAGACCUGCAGACCAAGCUGGCUGAGGCGGCCAAGGAGAAGGCAGAUACGGAGGCCCAGCUGCGCCAGGUGUCUGAGCAGCUGUCGGAUGCGCUGGAGGCGAAGGAGCAGCUGCAGGAUCAGGUCAAGGCGAUGCGGGAGCGCGCCGAGGCGGGCGAGCUGUCCAUGGCGGCGCUGAAGCAGCAGCUGGCAGAGGCGCAGAAGAACGCAGACAUGCAGGAGCGGCGCUACUCGGAGGCUAUGACUGCGCUGGAUGCCAGGGAGCAGGAGCUGGGUGACAAGGCCAAGGAGGCGGCGGAUGCUGUGACAAUGCUGCAGCAGAGCCAGGGUGCCAUCAACCUGAGCCGGUCGCGUGCGGACCAGGAGGUAGCCGAGCUUCGGGAGCAGCUGGCCAUGCAGGCGGCGGCGCUGGAGGGUCUGGAGGGGGGAGCGAAUGCCGCCGCGGCCCAAGCCGGCAGACUGAAGGGCGUCAACAGCCAGCAUGUGGGCAAACUGGGCCAGCAGCUGGCGGCGGCCCACCAGGAGGCAGAUGAGGCGCAGGAGCGCGUGCGCCUGGCCAGCGCACGGUGCGAGGAGCUGGAGGCUGAGCUGCAGGCUCGUGACGAGGAGCUGGGUGAGUGGGCCAGCAGGAUUGCAGCGAUGGAGUCGCAGCUGAAGCAGAUGGAGGCGCUCAACCAGAAGGUGAGCGAGGGGGAGUAUGCUCUGCAGCGCGCCUCCACCCAGUCGGCCACCGUGGCAGCGGAGCUGGCGACCGCCAACGCCAGCCUGGCGGAGCGGCAGACGGCGCUGGAGAUGGCGCACGCGGCGGUGGCGGAGAAGGACCGCAAGCUGGCACUGCUGGAGACCGACUUGAGGCAGCAGAUGGCGGCGGUGGACACCGUGGAAAGGCAGCUGCAGGAUCGCGAGGAUCGGCUGAUGGAGCAGGAGCGCGGGUCGGCGGCGGUGCAGAUGGAGAUGGCAGACCUGAAGACAGAGCUGAGGACUGCGGAGAUGGAGCGCCAGGACCUCAAGCGCGAGCUGGGCACCCUGCGUGGCGAGGCCGCCCACCUGUCUGCCUCGGUGCAGCAGCUGGAGGGGGAGCUGGAGGUUGCGCACAAGCGCAUGCGGGCGCUGGAGGAUGAUCUGGAGGAGGCGCGGGCGCCCUACAUGGCAGACCAGGAGACCAAGCGGCAGCUGCAGGACACGCUGCAGGAGCUGGCAACGGAGCGGGCGGCGCAUGACAUGACUAAGCAGGCGCUGAAGCAGGAGGCGGCUGCUGGGGCUGCUGCUGCGGCGACGGUGGUGGCGGUGUCUCUCGAGCCGCUCGCGGCCAUUCCCAGCCCACCCCAGGCGGCGGCUGUGCCGCAGCAGGUGGUUCAGAUGGAGAGUGAGAUGAACACGAUGCAACUGGAGGAGGAGGCCGCCCCUGACAGCCCGCCAGCAGUGACCCCGGCAGGGACGGAGGAUGUGGCGGUGACAGCAGAGGAGGUGGAGGAGGAUGCCACAGCAGCAGCAGUGGUGCCAGAGGAGGGGGAGGAGGAGGCGGCACGUGCUGAGUGAAUGAGUACCAAUAUCUGAGAAUCGUGCACGGUGCACGUAAGCCAAGCCCAGUGAAUGGGGCCAAAUCCCCCAACAACCUUUUUUUUUUUUUACUUGUGUACUUGCAUUGAGGGCCUUCACGCCAGUGAUGCCUUGUUCCUACUCUUCAGCCAUCCCCCGCGAUGCUAUCCUGCUUUCAUGCUUUCAUGCCCUGUCACCAUUGGGCUCCCCAACGGUUUCUGCUUUUUUUCUGGGUGGACUGACCGGCAUACUGUAAUGUAACCCCAUUCUUAC